AUGAAGCACCGGGGUGCAUUCUUCUUCUCGGCCCUGCCCGUCUUGGCACUGGUCUCGCUGGUGCUGGCGGCGGGCGUAUCGGUCGGGGAGCCCACCGACGCGCCGGAGGACGUCGGUGAAGGACUGCUGUUGACUACCGGUGCCGUUGCCGUCACUACCUCUCCCGGGGUGGCGGCGUCACCGUCGGCCGCCCCAGUGGCCCCAGUGGAGUCGGCCGUAUCUACGCCGUCACCGCAGCCCACUGUCGAAAACAGCCCGCCGGAUGUGUCGCCAUCAUCAUCGCCAUCUUCACCGUCGGCGUCACUGACACCGUCGGCAGCGAACGUGCCAGGCCGGGACGUGUCAUCCACGCCACUCUCUACGUUCGUCCCGUCAUCGUCGUUGGCUCCCGACACACUUGCGCCGUUGUCGUCGUCGUCGUCGGUUCCGCCACCUUCAUCUUCAGCGGAAGUGGCGCCACUAAUGGCGUCAAGCACAAUUGUCUCUAGUGGCCAAACCGGCCCCGUGCUGCCCUCUGGUGGCUCCGGCACGGAAGCAACAGCCGACACGCCGGCGGAGCACCCGACGACGGAGGGCUCCGGUCCGGAAGCGACGGUUGUUGCGUCUGCAGCACACGACGACGACGGCGAGGACGAGGCGAAGAAACCGGCCGCCGACCUGGCGGAGCCGGAGAGUGAAACGCCAGUCUUCAGCUUCGGUAUCCGCCUGUUCACGGUGGAGGUCGUGACGGGAACGGAGCGGGCCAGCCAGGAGGAGCAGAUCGAGCCGACCAACGGAACCCAGGCGGAAAAUGUUACCCUCCACGAAGUGGGUGUCGAGCCGAGCCACGAGAGUACCCUUCAGAGUGCCACAGUACAGGAGGCGAUGACCACGACGACGACCGGUGCACCGGUUGCUGUGGAUUCGGAACAGGUGGCCAGUGUCGAGCCGCAGGAUGAGCUGGCAGUGGUUCCGGUAGCUCCGACCGGCAGCGAUCAACAGGCAACGGUCACGGUCAACACCCAGGUAACGGCGAUGGAUAACGCUCGGCACGAACCACUGGAGCCUCUAGAGUCGGACGUACCCGAGGAUGGGUUCUCCAACGAGAUCCACGUCGAGCGCAACCUAAAGAACGGGCUGUACCGCAUCAAGAUCGCCGAGAUCACGACGGACGAGUUUGACAACGGGCUCCGGGAGCACGACAACGAAGCGAUGCUACUGACGGAUUCGAUGGGAGCCCGGCUACACCUGCCACCGUCGCAGGCCCUCCACAAAUCGGUGUACCCGAGUAAGAUCAACAUCGACGACUUCUACCCCUCGAAGCUGGAGGACUUCAAGGAGCAACCGCUGCAGCGCCAGCAGUCCAACACCAUCCAGGAGCCGGAAGCGGAGAAAGUGCUGCGCGAGAAGGCGAUCCUGCGUAACGAGGACAGCGAGCGACUGUUCGAGUCCACCAUCGUGAAGCCUUCGGACGUACUGCCCGUCCUGACGACGACGGCCGAGGUGGACGAGAAGCUGACCGAGGAAGACGUGACCGGCCCGGACGGUGGCGACAUCUCGACGACCAAGAUUGAGAUCGAACUGAUCGAUGACACCUCGGAAACGUCGACCAGCGACGAGCGGGCCAGCAGCAAGCCGACGACGGACAACAUCACCGAGCGGCUGGAGGAAAACGACGAGGUAAUUAGUCGCAUCGAGGAGAACUUUAAGGGCUUCCGGCAGUUCGAGGGCACCGUGGCCGGGGACGAUGACGACGAGUACCGGGAUGCGAUGGUUGGGGCACCGGCGGUGGUGGCCACCGAGGAGGAACCCCGCAAGGAUGACGAGGUGAUUACAAUCGCUAUCUCGUCGGUGACGUUCUCGUCCUCGCAGCAGGACACCACGCAGACACCGGCCACAUCGCCCAGCGCGCUCCCCGAGGACCUCGGAGUGCCGGUCAGUGGCAGUGACAUCGUGAAGGCAGAUGGCUACGGUAAUCUGUUCAUUCCGCGGCGCGUGAAGAAGAAUGAUCCGGCGACGGCCACGAAGCUUGCGCAGCUCGCCAAGACACAGGCCCCACUCCGGAAGAUCGAUUUUGCGGCCACCAAGUUCAACACGGACAACAGUGCUCCCGGAGGGGGUGCCGGCGGUGCGCAGGACCUGCUCGGAGUCGGGGGCAAGAAGGACAAACCCGAGUUCUCCACCACCAAGUUCUACAACAGCAAGGAGCUGUACAGCGAGUUGCAUCAUCAUCCGCAGCAGCCAGCGAACCGGACUGGCCCGGUGGGACUGAAGCCGAAACCGGGUGCCGCCAUCCUGUCGGAGAAGGACAUCAUAAGUGCGAAAACCCUAUCGAAGCCGGCCAACCCCUCGUCGGCAGUCCCGCCCGGUGGGUCCGCCAGCUACGGCCGGAAAUCGGCAAAACCGCUGGCCACACUGGAGCUGAAGCAACACACGCUCAAGACGAACUUUGUGCUGAACGAGGACCCGCUGGCUACCGCGAAGGCGCAGCAGUCGGCCACCGUGGAUGGCCCAGUGGAACCGCAGGGCAAGAUAAAGUCACUGGGGUCGGCCGCCUCGGCGAUCAUUGCGGCCACGGCGAAGCUGGCCAAACCGGUGCGCCCUCCGGCGACGACCACGACGACGACAGCCAAGAGCACCCCGGUGGCGACCGUGACAUCGUCCAGCGGCUCCGGCCAGGGAGCAGAAAACUUAAUUACACGCCCAACCGGAGCGCCCCUGUCACGGUUGCACGAGAAAAUUAAUACACUCGACUGUGAAAUCCAAACCAUCGCGCCGGACUCGAGCGUUUGGCGCGGCAACGAGACGCACGAACUGGAGCUUCCCGUCACGACGCCCGAAGAUUGUUCUGCCGGUUCGAGCUGCACACCGACCACGAUCUCGUGGGAAGGCACCGCCGACAUCCAGUCCGGUGACGUACUCAUAGUGGAAAUUGACGACCACCAUUUGAUCCCGUCCAACUACAACAAAUCCUCCGAAGGCGCCCAUCACACGACCGCCGCCGUUUAUCAAGUUACGCGGCUCGGCCACGAGAACUGCGACAUCACCGAGGGCGUCCUGCUCGACAUCACGCCGCUCGUGGCCGACGGCAAGAAGCUGGUCACCCUUUACGACAAGGAUCUGACGGAGGGAAUUAAUCUGCUAAUUGUCGUCUCGGAGCAGUGGGGCCAGCAGUGCGUCCGGUUGAAGGUGACCGUCAAGUCGGAUAAUUGUGGCGAAAAUGCUGACUGCUCCGGAAAGGGUGUGUGCUAUUCGAACAACUCCAUGGAAGGGUACGAGUGUCAGUGCUGCAGCGGGUUCGCCGGGACACACUGCGAGGAGAUUGAUGCCUGCAGCCCGUCGCCCUGCACCAACAACGGAAUCUGCGUCGAUCUAUCCCAGGGACACGAGGGCAACGCUUAUCAGUGUCUCUGCCCGUACGGCUACACCGGCAAAAACUGUCAGUUCGAGUCGGAUCCGUGCAAUCCUUCGCAGUGUCUGAACGGUGGUACCUGUGUCGGCAAUUCGACUCACUUCAGAUGCGAUUGCACCUCCGGCUACACCGGACCCCUCUGUCAGCACAAUCUGAACGAGUGCGAGUCGUCACCGUGCGUGCACGGCAUCUGCGUCGACCAGGAGGACGGAUUCCGGUGCUUCUGCCAGCCAGGAUUCUCCGGUGAGCUGUGCAACUUCGAGUACAACGAGUGCGAAUCGAACCCAUGCAUCAACGGGGGCCAGUGCAUCGACAACAUCGGAGGCUUCUCGUGCAAGUGCACCCGGGGCUACACCGGCAAGCGGUGUCACAUUAAGGUCGACUUCUGCGCCAACGAUCCCUGCCCGGAUGGGCAUCGGUGCAUCGACCACGGGGAUGACUUCACCUGCGAGUGUCCUGGGGGCCGGAAUGGACCGGAUUGCAAUCAAGUACCGAGAACGCUGUGCAACGUGAACCCGUGCGCUAAUGGAGGCACCUGCUGGACGACGGAGGAGUCCUUCUACUGUGCCUGCCGGCCAGGAUUUACGGGCAAAAUGUGCGAAGAAAACUUCGUCAUCGAUACGAUGGUGAGCUCGAGCGAGAUGCUAUCGGACACGCUGGCCAACCAGAACGGGCUGCGGGCCAUCAGUGGCAGCACGAUGUAUGGAGCCGGCGGUGGUAGCGAGGGCGACGGGGAAGGCGAUGGCGGAGUGACCCACACCGGCACCGGCAAACAGCAUAGCAGCGCCAUCGAGCUACACAACGCGUACAUUGCGGCCGGCACGCUCGCCACCGCCAUUUUGAUCGUGGCCAUCGUGGUAACCGCCUGUCACUGCAAGGUACACCAGAGCUACCGACACUUCGCGACCAAGCACCGCCAGCUGAUACCGGUGUUCGGGCGGCGCUCGAAGCCGGCCAACGGCGCCAACCGCCACUGGCUGAGCGGCAAAGGCCACCAGCACCACCAGAGCCAUACCAACCCCAACUACCACUACGCGGCGCACCAGGGCCUGCAGCCCCACUCGUACGCCGGCCUGCAGCCGGAGCGAAUGAUCACCAAACCGCUGCCGAUGAACCUGGAGAACGACAUGUACUACACCGUGGACUUUGGCGACUCACAGAACGCACCCUUGAUACAGUAA